ACUUUACCUGACUCUCCCCCGGACUCUGGAUCAGAGGCGUACUCCCCCCAGCAGCUCAAUGACCCUCAUCUGCUUCGCACUAUGACCCCAGAAAACAUCUGUCACAUUACCCCACCUUCCCGCCUGGAACACCCCCCACCGCCUCACCUACAAGGCCAGCCCCCUCCUCACCCCGCUCACCAGCAACACUAUCCUAGCAUGCAACGGGAACUCUACCUGAAAGUGGAGUCAAUGAUGCCACAAUACCCUCCCCUUGGACCUGGACUGCCCCCUGCAGACCUUCACCAUGCACAGCAGUCUCAGAUGCUUCAUCAGCUCCUGCAGCAGCAGCAUAGCUCAGAGCUCCCUGUGCAUCCAACAAAGAAGAGGAAACACUCGGACUCUCCAAACUUGAGGGAUCAAGUACCCAAUGGAGGCAUGGUGAAACAGGAGCCGGGUAUCAUGCAAGACAAUGACAGUCUGAAUGGUUCCUAUUUGGAUCCCAACUAUCAGUCCAUAAAAUGGCAGCCACACCAACAGAAUAAAUGGGUGACCCUGUAUGACAGCAGCUACAAAGAACUCCCAAUGCCUACCUACAAAGUGGAUGCAGAUAAAGGAUUUAACUUCUCGGUGGGAGAUGAUGCCUUUGUAUGCCAGAAGAAGAACCACUUUCAAGUCACAGUAUACAUUGGCAUGAUUGGUGAACCGAAAUAUGUAAAAACCCCUGAUGGUAUUUUACCUCUGGAGUGCUUCUUCUUGAAAUUAAAUGGUGUUAAGGUGAGAAAAAAAGAA